AUGGGAUUCCGCCGGUGCUUGUUUGUUUCCAAUAUGUGUUAUACACUUUCAAAAGUUGUGUUGCUUCAUCUCGUGGUUGUUAGCUCAUCAGUUUCCUCAUUGCAGCAAUCUUGUCAUGACGAGGAGAGGUCUGCCUUGCUGCAAUUCAAGGAAAGCUUCAUCAUUAACAGAUCUGCCUCGUAUUCUGAUGAUGCUUAUCCAAAGAUUUUGCAAUGGAAACUAGCUGAGGGACGAAACGUCAGCUGCUGUGCAUGGGAUGGCAUUGUGUGUGAUGAGAGGACGGGUCAUGUUAUUGGCCUUGAUCUUAGUAGCAGCUGUCUCCUGGGCUCUAUCAACUCCAACAGCAGCCUUUUCCGGCUUGUUCAUCUUCAAGUGCUGAACCUUGCUGACAACAACUUCAAUUCCUCUCGAAUUCCUACUAGCAUUGGGAAUUUCCCUGGGCUCAUGCAUCUUAAUCUCUCUAGUUCUUCCUUUUCUGGCCAAAUCCCUUCCCAAAUUUCACAGCUGGCCAACUUGUCGUCCCUUGAUUUGUCUUCCAACGAUGGUCUAACUGGUCAUUUUCCUGAAUUUAAUACAAGCAGUACUCUCACUUCACUGUAUCUUAGCUGGACUAGCUUAUUCGGAAAUUUGCCUUCUUCAAUCGAAAAGCUUGAUUUAUUAAACACGCUGGAAUUGGCACACUGCAAGUUCUCGGGUUUGGUUCCAUCUUCACUUGGUAAUCUUAGGCAGCUCAUACAUUUAGACCUUUCAGGAAAUAACUUUAGCGGUCCAGUCCCUAGUUCAUUGGCAAACCUCACCCAACUGAAGGAGCUCCGUCUUGAAGCGAAUGCUUUUAGUGGCUCCAUUCCCUCCGCUCUCGGUAGUCUCAACAAGCUCGAAGUCCUGUCACUUGUCCAGAAUUAUUUUAGCGGUUACAUCCCGGCUUCACUAGGAAAUCUCACCCACCUCACAGAACUUUCUUUGUUUUUUAAUCAGUUAACCGGUCCAAUUCCUUCUCUAGCAAACCUCACCCACCUCACAUACCUUAAUCUGUUUUCGAAUCAGUUAACCGGUUCAAUUCCUUCUCUAGGAAACCUCAUCCACCUCACAGCACUUGAUUUGUCUUCGAAUCAGUUAACCGGUUCAAUUCCUUCUCUAGGAAAUCUCACCCACCUCACAGGACUUUCUCUGAAUUCGAAUCAGUUAACCGGUCCAAUUCCUUCUCUAGGAAACCUCACCCACCUCACAGGACUUUCUCUGUAUUCGAAUCAGUUAACCGGUCCAAUUCCUUCUCUAGGAAACCUCAUCCACCUCACAGAACUUCCUCUGUCUUCCAAUCAGUUAACCGGUCCAAUUCCUUCUCUAGAAAAUCUCACCCAACUCACAUACCUUUAUCUGUCUUCGAAUCAGUUAACUGGUCCAUUACCUAAUUCCUUAUCCAAUCUCAUCAAUCUCGAGGUAUUUGAUGCAUCUGAUAAUAAUCUGACUGGUACAGUGGAGUUCCGCAUGAUGUUUCAUAAGUUACAAGGGCUCACCGAUUUACAAUUAUCUCGUAACAAUUUGAAAAUUUUCACAGAAACAGAAAGUACGAAUGCAAGCCUACUUCCAAAGUUAGAAUUUCUGGGAUUGAGUUCGUGCAACAUAAGAGAGUUCCCAAGUUUCCUGCAGUAUCAAGAAACAUUGGUGAUCUUGGACCUUUCCUCCAACAAUUUGCAUGAAGUACCAAAAUGGAUGUUGAACACUAGCACAGAGACUUUGGCGGAGAUGGACAUUUCUGACAACUUCCUUUCAAGCAUUGUCCAGCCUUCAGAUGCCUUUCCUUGGGUUAACCUACAAGUUUUAGUGCUCAAGAAUAACAAUCUAAAUGGAGCAAUUUCACCAUUGAUCUGCAAUCUGACUUCUCUUCAGUUCCUUGACCUCUCCAACAACAAUAUGAGUGGAAUGCUUCCUCCCUGUCUCGGAAACUUCAGCGAUGGUCUGCUAGGUUUAUAUCUUGGAAACAACUCUUUCAGCGGCUUUCUUCCUGAAAUAUACACCAGCACAAGCAGUCUGAGGGUGAUUGAUGUUAGUCAUAACCAAUUGCGAGGGAAACUACCAAGGUCGUUGGGGAACUGCACGACACUUGAGUUUAUUGAUCUGUCAUACAAUAAAUUCAGCGAUGUUUUUCCCUUUUGGUUGGGAGCUCUUCCGGAGUUAAAAGUUUUGAAAAUGCACCAGAACGCGUUCUACGGUCUGAUGGAGGAACCUCAUCAGGACAAUGUUGAAUAUUUCCCUGAGUUGCGAAUUCUGGAUCUAUCUUUUAAUAGUUUCAGAGGCAAAUUUCCAUCUCAAAAGAUCUUUUCCGGGAAUGUCAUGAGGGGUGUCACUCGAAACCAGUCAACAUAUAUGAACGUAAACACAACUUUCGAUGCUAAUCGCAGUGUUUAUAUAUUAUUUGAGGAAUAUUACUCAAUCACGAUAACUAGCAAAGGUGUGGAGAGAUAUUAUCCGAAGAUUCAAGAAGCCCUUGUAGCGAUUGACAUCUCAAGCAACAAAUUUGAAGGGAGGAUUCCUGAAUUUAUUGGGAACCUAAAGGGGCUGAUAUCAUUCAAUAUAUCUGGUAACCUCCUAACUGGUCCCAUCCCAUCAUCUUUCGGGAAUUUAAUGUGGCUUGAAUCACUGGACCUUUCACAAAACAAGCUUUCAGGACAAAUCCCUCAAAGCCUCGCGCAGCUUACAUUCCUUGGAACAUUCGUUGUCUCUAACAACAGCUUGACAGGUCCAAUACCGCAUGGAACCCAACUUAUUUCAAUGGGUAGCAGUUCAUAUGAAGGAAACCCUGGAUUGUGUGGAGAUCCUUUGCCAAAGAAAUGCGGAGAUCCUCAGGCUCCUCGCCUGUCGCCUUCAAAAACCGAAGAAAAUGAUUCAGGCUCGUUUGAAUUUGAUUGGAAAUUUGUUUUGGCUGGUCUCGGAAGUGGGUUGGUGGUGGGAGUUGUUCUUUCUGAUGUGGUGAUCACAAGGAAGCGUGAAUGGUUUGUUGAGAUUGUUAAAACCAUCAAGCUGAUGAUAGGAAAUUCAUAAGUGCGCUAUAAGGUUAUGCAUUUGGUGUUGUUUUUUGCUUGUUUUAUAUUAUUUCUUUGUACUCCUUUUUAAUGUUAUGUCUUCCUUUUGUAUUAUGGUGUAUUAGUUCCAUAAAAGGUACUGUAAGAUGAAGUGAAACUGGUACCGGGCAGAAUCGUUUGCUAUGUAUGGAAUAAUAGAACAAGAAUUCAUAAUUCUAUC